AAGAAGAAGAAGAGUGUUGUGAUAUUAGUGAUCUAAGUGGUUUAUGGAACUUUUCACAUUAACAUGCCUACAUGAAAAUGUAUUAUAGAGAAUGUUAGAUGAUACGUCAAUUUUAUUCAACGAUGUUUUGUUCUGUAUUUCAUGUGUGCAAUUUUUAAAAUGUGGAUAUUUUUAUCAACGCCGUUAUAGACAAUCAGAAAUUUACUGUAUUUUAAGAAAGGAUUCACGCAAGUCAAAUAAAAUAUUCAAUUUACAAGUCUCUGGGUAAACUUCGAUUAUAAAAACUGCGCACUGUUUAUUUUGAUGAGGCUGCCAAUACUUUUAUUUACAGAAAACUAAAUAGUUAAUUUAAAAAAAAACACAAUGUUUCCACCUGUUCAAAAUAACAAAGUUUCAGAUGAUUAUUCAGUAUCAUCAUCAAGUGAAAUUCCUCUUCCAACCCCCGAUUAUGAUUCUGACAUAGAAAUAAUUCAAGAGAACAUAAUUAAAAAAGUUCCCUCAAAAAAAAGAAAGCGUCAGAAACUCAAAGCAACCAAAUCAUCAGGAUUGAAAACAAAUAAUGUAGAAUCUAAUGAUGCAUAUUUAGCUAUUAAUGGCACUAAAAUCCCUAUUACAUCAUUAUUAGAAAACCCUGAAUUCCGAAAGCACUUAGAUCCUUAUUUGAAGAAUAGGCUUGUUUCCAAAAAUUCAGAUGAAUCAUCUUUGACAAAAAUUCAUACAACCCGUAAGAAAAAAAAAAAAUUGACAGAAAUUUCGACGUCACUUACUUUGGAAAACAAUAUUAACAUGAAUAAAGCCAAAGAUAAUAGUUUGAGUGACUGUCCAGAUGUGGAAAUUACUGACUCAAGUGCUGCAGCAGAAAAAAGCAAAGGAACGCCAAUUGUUCAAUCAGAUGAUUGGUUUUAUUUGAACAUGGCUAACAAACUACAAGAAGACCUAAAACUUUCAAAAGAACCUACAAUAACACAAGAUAAAAUUUUACAAAGACCAUUGCCGAAUGAUCUUGUAAAUGAAAUCGAUGGUCCUUUUAUUACACGCAGAGAAAUGGAGUUGUUGAUUCAAACAGCGCCAGUGAUUGAGAAUGAUCUUACUUCAUUUGACUCUUCGUUAGAAGGACCAGUUAGUGCACCUGGUUCUGAUGUUGAAAUGGAUAUUGAUGAUAUACCUGUAGAAUCUGUAAACUGUAAUGCAACAUCUGAGGAAUGUUCUCCCACACCAAUAAUUGAAACUAAUUUUACAGAAAAGGAAGAACUUGAGAGCGAGACUAAAUUACCAUUAUUAGUACCAAAGACUAUCAAACCUCUCAGAUCGCAUGCAUUCAAUGAGAGGCGUAAGAAAUUUAAAAGAAGAAACUUGCAUUUAUCUCACAGAAAAAAUAAAAGAAUUAUAAAUAACUCAACUAAAAAAUCAUCUGCCAAAACGAGAUUUUUUCCAACUUAUGUCGAAAAUUCAGAAGAGAAAAUUUCAAACAGACGAUCAUCAAGAGCUGCCGCUCAAUCUUCAACUGGCACUACUGAAGCAGUCAAAAAAAUUAAAAGAUAUUUUAAAUGUUUGAAAUGUGAUAAAAAAUAUGAAAGGGUUAGACAUUUCAUACUUCACAGAGGAAAGUGUAACCAACCAAAUACAUGUUCAUUGUGUCCUUACAAGACACACAAUGAAGAAGAUUUUAAAAAGCAUAUCACUGAUCAUAUACUUGGAAUACCUGUGGAAGAUAUGAAUACAGAUUACAAAAAUGAUUCAAAAAGUGAUAGAAUGGUAGUGGUAAAAACUUUGGUACAGAGAAAACAGUAUCGUUUGUUCAAUACAAGAAGAAAAGUAAAACGACGUAAAUUGCCUUGUUCAUCAGAAUAUUUGAAAGCUAAAUGCUCUAAAUGUUAUCGAAAUGCUAAAGCUCGAAUAAACUGUUUCAUCUGCAAAAUGUGUCGUGCGAAAUUAGUUUAUCAAUGUGCCUUGUGCAAUCAGGAAUUUUCCAAAUACUCAAGGCUGCGGCAACAUAUUGUCAUAGGUUUACAUGUUUAUAACAAUGAAAACUGUAAAAAGUGUUCAGCAAGUUCUUUCAGAAGUUUAUGUGAACUUCAGCAUCACGAAGAAAACUGUUUAGGCAUUUCGAAACCGAUUUUGAAUAUGAAUAGGCCUCUUGUGAUCAAACUUCAACGGUGCGACGAACUCGUUAAACGAAUGAAAGAAACUCCCAGCACAUCAACAGAUGAUGGAAACAACACUAAAAAUAGUAAAAGAGAAAAUGUAAAAAAGAAUCCUAAAAAAUCAGAAAGUCCACCGGAAAUUUUUUCAUACAACACCAUUGAUUCCCAUAAUACCGAUGAUAAGGUUUCUUCAAGCAAUUUGACUGCAAUUGAAGAAAUAAUUUUACCAGUAAUUGAUCAUUUUGAAAGUGAAAAUGAAAAUCAAUCUAAAAAAAAUAUUACGAUCAAAAAAGAAUCUUCAAACAACGAUGUACAUGAUAAAGUGUUCAUAAAUUCGGAAAUUUUUAAUGUUGACAAAUAUUUAAAAAUGACAAAUAAUGUAUCAGAAAAAGUCAUAACUGAAAAAUGUGUUACAAGUGGCAGACACCUCCUGGAAAAUCUACUUCAGCCAUUGCAAUGUAAAAAAGAUUUAGAUCUAGAUGAUAAAAUAAAUAAUAUCAUUACAUCUGACUGUAACGGAAGUAAUGAAUUAGAGUUAUCAAAAAAUUCAAAAAAUCCCAAUGUAGAUCCAACUGAAGUAAAAACAGGUAUAAAAGUAAUUGUCAAAUAUUGCUCAGAAUGUCAAGCUGCUAAUGCUCCGUUUAUUAAAAUAUGCAUAGAAUGUAAAAAUAAACAAUUCCACUUCCAAUGUAACAUAUGCGAAAAAAUUUUAAAAAACCACUCCGAAUAUUUAUCACACUUAUUUGAGUCAUGUUCGCGGAGUAUAAAAAUUUGUAACUUAUGUGGAUACAGCGACCCAAAUAAUAAACCUUUGCAAAAUCAUGUUUGCCGCUGGGACCAAUUGAUAGCGGAAAAAUCUUUGGACAGAAUAAAUGGUGUGGUUGAGGAGAGUGAAUUGACAAUGGAAGAGAUACGAAACAUAAUCAAGGAUAAACUUGUUGUGUCAUGUCCUAAAUGUAAUUUGAUUCGACCUAAUUCUAUGCGAAAUUUCAGCCCAUGUAAAAAUUGUGAUACGGAAAUUGUGUUUCUCUGCAAAUACUGUCGUAAAGAAUUCGAAUCAUACGAAAACGCUCACGAGCACAUACUUUUGGAAGAGCUGAAAAUCGAAGAUUACUAUGAAUCUUGCCCAACGUGUGAUAGAGAAUUUGAAACGUACAAAUCAAUGGCGGGUCACAUGAAGACUUGUGCGAAAAAAACGCUUUUUCAUGUAACCAAUGUACAUUCAAGACUAAUGACGAAUCAUCAAUGAAAAGACAUGAAAAAGUAGCUCAUGAUGAGCCAAGAGUUCCGUGUAAAGCGUGCAAAAGUCAUUUUAAUAUUAAUUAUCUUCCUAAACAUAUAAAGAGUUUUUGUAAAUCAAAGUUUUAUCGAAGUUAAGUUGUUUCAAUUCAUGUCUGUAAAUCAAUUGUUUUUUAUUGUGUAAUAUUUCAAUUUAUUUCAAUUUGUAUAUUAAAAUGAUUAUUGAAUCCUCAA